AUAGUGUUUUUGUUUGGAUAUUCUAUAGCAUUAUCGCGAUAAAUUGGAUGAUUGUGUGAUGUCCGUGAACUAAAAAAAAAGUGUGUUGUUGUUUUUGUUGAUUUUUUUUUUUUAAAUUCAUACAAAUACAAAUUUUAUAAAGUGGAAAUUAAUUUGUGGCAUGGACAAGAUGGAAAAAUCACGGGAUGUGUUUAGUGAUGAUAGCGGUUUUUCAAAAGAAUCACGUCACAUAUCAAUCGAAAAUCUCGAAGAUUGUGCAACACAAGAUGCAUGCGAUUUCCAAGACCAUUUUGACAACGAUAGCAGCAAUAGUUCAACUGAAGAUAGUGAAGAACGUGAACCUAGACAUAAAAACGGCAGUCGUAAAUUAAGGUUAAAUCUUACACAUCGUUUAAACGAUUUUGGUACGUCAACAGUUCUGUCGCCAAUCAGUGAUCUUGCAGUGAAUGUCGCCAAAACGAAAAUAUCUCCAACCAAUUGCAGCCAUCAGACGGUAAACGAUCAGGACGUUGUCAAUCAAGAUGAAUCGAAGAAUAGCUGUGAAAUUUGGAGAAAAUGCGAGAAUGACGAUUUGAAGUACCCUCGUACACCUACAUCGUUUGCAUUCGCCUCAUCGCUCAAAAGGGCUGAAAAUAUUAGCAGAAAGGACGAUGCAACGGAUUCACGCCUUAUUACAAAUGCCUUGACCAUCAAUUCAAACGGCAUGUCGUCACGGGGACGACGACUUGAUAUCGCUCCAUUGAAUUUUGACGAUUCAUCAAAUUCCCCCGUUAAAAUGUCAUCCGAAGAAAUGUCAUUGUACUCGGGCAAUACACCACAAGGAAGCCCCCGACCAUGCUCGAUAAGCUCAUGCCUUGAAAUGGGACUGUUGUCACCAUUACGUGAAAAUGAAAUUAUCGAAGAGCGUCACGAUUUCGAUUUCAAUUCAAUGGAUUCGGGUUUUAGUAAUAAUGGUUGCAAAAUAUUCACAUUUGUUCAACCAAAUGCAUUGCCACCAAAACCAUCACCGCCAAAAAAUGUGCGCACAUCACCAAAAUCAAUAAGCUGCUUCCGUUCAUACAAUAGCCUGUCGUCGGAUUCAAUGGAAUCAAUGGACGAUGAUUGCAUGGAUUUACUUGAUAUGGAAUCAAUGGAUGAUAAUGCACAAUUGCCAACAUCAUUUAAUUCAAUAAUUAGCGGUAAUAUUAAAUCAACCACCACAAGCACAUCGAUUACACAAACAACAACGCCCGUUUUUCGGCGAUGUCUUAGCAUGACCGAUGGUAAUGUUAAUCGUGGACCAUGUACACCAGAUUCAUUGAAAACCAUACCAGAAAUGGAAUCAAAGUGCAAUGGCAUCAUUAAAACAUUUAAGCGACCAGAACCACCAACCAUUGGUAGCCCAAUUCAAAGUAAACGUUAUAAGCAAAGCGGAGAAGACAAAGAAAAUUCAAAUGAAUUGCCAAUUACACGGCCGGUUUUACGAAAAUCAAUGUCAAUGAACGAUGACCUCAUCAUGAACGCAUUAUCACGAUCAUCAUCCGAACCACAUUUGAUCGGUGACUUUAGUCGGCCAUUCUGUUUGCCACUGACCUUCGAAGGACGUCACAGUGACUUGAAAUCAAUUUCAGUGCACACAAUGGCCGAGCUGUUGCGUGGCGAAUACAAAGAAUCGGUAGCUUCAUUUAAAGUCAUCGACUGUCGAUAUCCAUAUGAAUUCGAAGGUGGACACAUUCGUGGUGCACAGAAUUUAUACACACAAGAUCUUAUUUUGACCGAACUAGUGAACUCAAAGACUGAUACACCCAAACUUGUUUCGGAUGAACCAAUGCGAAACAUUAUCGUAUUCCAUUGUGAAUUCUCAUCGGAACGAGGACCUAAAUUAUCUCGUUUCUUACGCAACAACGAUAGAUCACGCAAUGAGCAUGUAUACCCAGCGCUACACUAUCCAGAGAUCUAUUUGUUGCAUGGUGGCUACAAAGAUUUCUUCGAAAAAUAUCCAGAGCUCUGUGAUCCAAUUAACUACCGUCAAAUGUUGGAUCCAAAUUUUUCAAGUGAUUACCGUCAAUUUCGUGCAAAAUCAAAGAGCUGGAAUGGCGAUCAAAAAACAGCCGGACGAUCGACAAAUCGCUUGGUUAAAACGAAAUCACGAAAUCUUAUUUACUGAAGCGAUAUUUUCUACCGGCGUUGAAUUGAAUAUGCUUAAAAUGCAUGCUCAAAUCAAAUGCAAUCGGAUCAGUAGUUCAUAGUGUUUAGAAUCACACUUUAAAAGGCAAAUGCGACAGACAGAGCUCCUAAACGGGCACCAGUUAGAAACAAUUUAAAAAAAACGAUUGAUAAACGUCAGAUGGAAAGACUCUUUGAUUCUUCCAAUAUUCAAUGGCUUUUUCAACGAAUUUUUUUUUAUUUUUAAAUGUUAGAAGAAAGAAAGAGAAAACGAAAAAAGUUUUAUUUAAUUUUAAUCUGUGAUUUAGUCCAUAGAUUUUUGCACGUAAAAAUUUACUUUAAAUAAAACAAUUGACGUGAAUUAAAUUGUGAAUUUACGUUAUACAAUCUAAUCCGAAAAAGCCAUGAAUGGAACAAGAUAAAUAUAGUUAUAAUGCCAGAGCACGAAGAACAAACGACUGUAAAUAAUCGAUGUAAAUUGCUUAAGUUAAAUCGAAGAAAUCUAUAUGUAAUGUUUAUUAAAAAAAAAAUUUAUAGCAAUUUCUGAAUGGGAACAAAACCAACAAUUAAUUAUUAUCAUUAUUAAUUAAAUUAAAAAUUCAUAAAAUUUA